AUGCUUGAAGCUCAGGAUUGGCACGUAACCGAAGGAGACGAGGGCGGCGAAGACGAUGAACAGGACCGAUACUCUUGGCGUUUCAAACAAGCCGUGAAUGCAGUGAUAUGGAUGGGCGAAAAGAUGGGUGUCAUCUCCCCUCAGUUUGAUGAGUGGAACCCGGUCCGGUGGUUCCACCAUGAUGCGCACGGACUGCAGAAAGAGCUCUACAAGAACGCAACGGCCAACUCGGCGACCGCGGAGCAAUUUUCGAGCCUGAAGAAGUGGAUUGAGGGAGGACCCGGCGGCUGGGUCAGCAAUAAGUUGGUGGUCAACGACUAUCUCAGUGAGAAAGGCCGCUACGACCGUCGGCUGGAGGUGAUGGAGACGGUGGCACAGGACGAGAUCCUCGUGCAGCUGCCCUUGUCCCACGUGCUGUCGGCGGAUUUCUGCCAGCAAGACCUGCAGGAUCAGACCAUCCGCCAGGUCGUGGAGGCCCAGAAGAAGAGCUCGGAGCAGGUGGACAUCGCCCCCUGGACCUGGAUCACUCUGUACACCUUGGCCCAUGCCAAGAAGGACCACGUGGCUGCUUCCAGCUGGAGAUUUGAUACCCUCCUGCGGCGGGAAUAUGUGGAUGCCUCAUUGUCCUACAUGCCUUUGUUCUGGGAUGACGAUAGCUUACAAUGGUUGAAUGGAACGGACCUUGCCAAUGUCCAUGUUUUGGAUGUGCAUGCUGCGAUAGAGACGGAGUACCACAAGUUGGCCUACUUGGUGCCCAGCAUCGAGUCCACUGUGACGGUGGUGGAGCCUUUGCCUCAGUGCGAGCCGGUGGCUACGACGCGGCUCUUGCCCGAUCCGCAGGUACGGGUGGCCGUGCUGCUGGGGGCUUGCGUGGAUGGAGAGGAGAGCAGCCGAUCUGCCGUGGAGGCCUUUCAUGACCCCGAGAACGUGUACGUGGUCUGCGCGGGCCGUGGUCACCGAGCGCAGCUGGAUGACUGGAUCCGGCAGAGGGGAUACAGCAACGUGUUCGUGAUGGCGGAGUCCGCUUUCUUCCAGGGCCAGCACAAGGACCUGCGCUGGGAGGCGGCGCGCCUAUUGCUGGACCACCCCUGGGACUUUCUGCUGGAGUUGGGCGAUCGCCCCAAAGCCCCGCAGCUGCCGCCGCUGCUACUGGCAAGGUGGCUGGCGGCCUUCAACAGCAGCAUCGGAGGGGAAUCCUUCGUUCUGAGCCGUCAGCUGUUGGAGGAGGUCAUCGAAGGCCCGACCAUCAGCGACUUGACCGUCGACCAGUGGCACGACUUCUGGGCUCAGGGCCUGUCCCUGGGCCGCUGCAAAGCUCAGCACCAGGGCCUCCAGCCCCUGCUCCAGACGAAACAGCCAAAGCGCGCAGCGAAGGAGGCGCUUUCGCCGGUGCAGGCCUACGAUUUGGGGGUGAAGUUCCGGGCGAUGGAGCCUGCGUGGAUGUCAAGGUACGGGAACCAGACCUACUGGCUGCUGCACGCGCUCAUGGUCCAAAGCUCUCAGCGGCUUACGGAGCUGCGGCGCCUCGCCGCCCGGCCGGCGUCCGGAGCGGCGGUUUCGCUGCGCGGCGCAGAGAUGAUGGCAGAGGUGACCUUCAGCCCGGAGAACGGCACCUGCGAAGUCCCAGGGGCAGUGGAAGGUCUGCGGCUCUCUGAUUGCAGCAUCGAUGCGGAAGUCUUCCUCGCGGAGCGACUGUUUGUUGCAGAUCCCUUUCCUGAGCGACUGAUACGAGAGAGCAUGGACUAUGAGAAGAGCUGCGGCGCAAAGUUGCCCACCCUGUUCCCUCACGUGUUCCGCAUCGGCUCAGGUUGGGAUGGCGAUUCCCUAGAAUUUCGAGGUUUUGCAUCACUGGUGCCAGCUGACGCCACUGAUGACCUUUGGAUGGUCCUCCUCCCUUUGCUGCCUGCAGAUUCGGGCCCGUGCCAAAAAGUUGGCUGGACAGGCCGCCUCCAGAUCUUGUGGCAGAGCGCGGCCGGCGAGGUGCACUACCGCGGCGGGGGGCAGCUGGCAUCUGCAGGGCCCAUCUGGGAGCGGUACCUGGGCAGCCGCCUGGCGCCGGGGACCUACACCGUCACCGUACUGGCGGCCAAGGUGGCCCUGGCCCGCCGCGACUUCGAGGUCAUUUCGGCGGAGGGGGCAGUGGCGGCAGAGCGCCUCAAGUGGGUCAAGUUCUUCGAGCUGGCGGCGGAGGCCGCGCCACCGGCCCAAAGCCGGCCGGUGGAGCGAUCAGAGGGGUCUGAGGGCCGGGCUGCUCCCAAGGAGCAGGAGCAAAGGCCCAAGGUGCAAGGACUUUCCAAAGUGGAGGCUCAGAGUGAGGCACGCACCCCGCCGGCACAGCUGCCGACCGCUCACAAGCUGAGCGCGAAGGACCGAGCUUGGCUCCAGCAAGAUGUGGCGAGGUUUGCCCGGCCGCGACAAGCGCAGCAGCGGCAGCCGCCGCUUUCAGCAGAGCAGCGGGCAAUGCGGGAACGCCAGUGGAUCGAGCGUGACGUGGCGCUGCACGCGCCGAAGAGGAGGCCGCGGCCACGCUCAUUGGCCACAGCAGCAGAGAGCCCCCGCAGCCCCCGCCCCAGCCCUCCAGCCAAGCAGGCUACGGCAGUAGGAGACAACCCGAGCCGCCCAAAGGCGAAAAGCACACGCCCCAAGCUGCCAGAGGAUAUGGAAAGGAGGGAGCGCGCGUGGAUGGCUAAGGAGGCGCAGCGCCUGCGGGCGGCCAGGGCCAGAGCGGCCAGAACUGCCGAGGAGCGCGAAGAUUGGAUCGUCAAGGACGUGCAGCUGCACGAGCUCCUGAGGAGGGAGCGCUGCAGCCAGGAGCCGGGCAAGGCCUCCAGGUUCCUUGCCACGACCUGCCAGCAACUCUUCGGCGGCGGCAGCGCGGACCCCGAGACGAGUGCGGACUCGCCUGCAGAUCUGCCGCAGCCCAGGUGGGGCGUGUCGGGGGAUCAGCUUCUGGAAGUGGUGGUGAUGAAUGCGGACAGAUGUCGGCCGGCAAGCCCGGCUACGGGCAACUUCUCGGCCGUACUGGCGGAGGUGAAGCUGCAGUUGCAGGGGUCCAUCCCCGAUGAGGUAGUGGAGAGGGCUGGGGCCCCGGACAGCAACAUGGACCUGGUUCCGUUCAAGAAAUGGGCAAUGGUGGUCAUGUCCCGGGGUGAGACCGUGAGCCUGCCGGACCGUGACAAUCGGAGUCAGACCUCGCCCCAGCUGGCCAUCAUGCCUCUGAUUGACCUCGUGGACCACCACUUGCCUACUCCGGAGAAGCCGCUGUUCUCGACAGACGACCUGCUCAAGUACCAGGAGUCCGGCUCGUUAACGAACAUCUCUUAUGAUGCAGAGUUGGCGGCAGUGACGCUGAAGGCGAAGCGGACCUUGAGCGCGAACUCAGCGGUGACAGUCGGCUACGGCGUGCGGUCCAACGCCGACUAUCUCCUUUACCACGGCUUCACAAUGCCAAAGGGCUGGAGUGAAAUGACGCUGUGCACGCAGUACACCAUGGUGGAACUGCCGCUGCCCCCAGACUUCCCCGCCUGGAAGUCCAGGCACCUGGCGCACUCCUACCGCUUCGCCCUGCCAGCCUGCCCUAGCCGAAAGUCCACGCCCCAUGUGGCGGUGGGAGCUGCGAGAUUCCUGGUGGCCACAGAGGAUGAUGUCACCAACUUCGAGGACAAGUUGGCGCAGGAUUUUAGCUUGCUGGAGGGCGCGCAGGUUGCCCGCGGGGAGAAGUUUUUGCAGCAUGCUGCCCAGGAGGCAGUCAGUGUGGUGUGCGACGUGAAGGUCCAGCCUCCUUUGUGCAGGGUACCCCUGUCGGUGGAGAGCGAGAGAGCUGCCUGGGACUACAUCCUCAAGCAGACCUUGGCUCGCGUGGUCGCGCAUGCCAGCACCAUCUCGCAGGACGAUAGACUCCUGGCCGAGGAUGACAGCAAGAAUACACUCUCCAUCAACCAGCGCCACGCAGUGGUUGUGCGCCGGGAGGAAAAGAUGGUCCUCCGGAGUUGGUGUAACAUCGCAGUGCGCAUGGUCAACUUUUUGACAACGCCACAGGGCGCUGAAGCCAUGGCGACUAUUCGGCUGCCAGAAAGCGAGGUCCUGGAAAAUGAAGAGCCUCGACAACGACCACGAUAUUGGGAGCGGCUCCUUGAGCAAAAUGAUCAAAUGGAGGCGGAGUGCUCUUCAUUGAGCUGA